AGAGGUUGAGUGGGGAGGGGAGGAAUAACAGUUUGGAAAGUGGCCCCAUGGUCUAAGGUUUUAUGUUGGGCUCACAGCCUAAAGUUUUCUGGUGGGCCCCUGGCAUCCCAGUCCGACACUGCCGAGAGCAUAACAGGUGGGGUGGACGUCUCUGCACUAACCCAGCCAGCUGCAGGUAGAACAUUUCAAAGCAAAAAUUGGUUGAUGUGGGUUGCUACCCAGGUUCAGAUUUGCCCAAAGUUGAUGAAUGAGCCGUGAGUGAUUGAGACACAGGGUCAGGGCUGGAUUUACAUAAGGGGCUCCCUAGGCCAACUGCCAUUCAUUGCCCCUGUCCCCUCCCCUUUAUUUGUGCAAAUUUUCAUAAUCUGGACCAGAGCAAUGAGGAUUGGCACAUGGGAAAUUUAAAAAUCUAUCAAAUUUAAAAAUCUAUCAUAUCUGCUGCAUAUCCCAAUGUGGGUGUGGUUGGACAGCAUGCCACCCCCUAAAAUCCUUCCACCCUAGGCCCGGGCUUUGAUGGUCUUUCCACAAAUCCAGGCAUGCACAGGGUGCUGCAACAGUGAAUGGUAUUGGACAAAGAACCUCAGCUUCCCAACAGAGUAAUUAUGGCAAAUGGACCUUAUCUAGCAGUGAGGAUGAAGCAGAGGAUAGCACAAUACCAUCUACUCCAUCAAGUAGUAGACAGAGUCUUGAUUCUGUCCCUCAUUACACUUGCUCUGAUGCCAGAAAAGCAUCUCACAAAAGAAAGGUGAACCCAGUUAAAUUUGAAGAGAUGUCUAAACAGGAAUCAAUUCCUGCUAAGAAAAUCAAAACUGAAAGUGAAGUUUCAGGAUGGUGCUUAUCGAGUAGUGAUGAGGAGUCAAAACCUACCCAGUCUGAACAAAAGAAGAAAAUUAAAACCGACACAAUAGAUGCACCAGUGAGAGCCCAAAACAUACAAGGACACACAGAGGUAACACAAGUAAAAUACAAGACACCAAGUGAUUCUCAGGACAUAUGGGAUCUGCUCCAGGCUGGUGAGCCUUUCCGAUUCUACCUUACUAAAGUCACUGGAAUAAAACCUAAAUAUAACUCAGGGGCACUUCACAUAAAAGAUAUUUUAUCUCCCCUUUUCGGGACACUUGUAUCCUCAGCACAGUUCAACUAUUGUUUUGAUAUUGAGUGGUUGGUGAAACAAUAUCCUGAAGAAUUUAGAAACAAGCCACUGCUUAUUGUUCAUGGCGAGAAGAGAGAAUCAAAAACCAAACUACAUGAAGAUGCUCAUCCUUACGAACACAUCCGACUGUGUCAGGCCAAGUUGGAUAUCGCCUAUGGAACCCACCACACGAAAAUGAUGUUGCUGUUGUACACAGAGGGUCUACGAGUUGUGAUUCACACCAGUAAUCUUAUUCGUGAAGACUGGUACCAGAAAACACAAGGAAUUUGGCUAAGUCCUCUGUAUCCUCGACUUCCUGAGGGAGCUUCGGUUUCUGCAGGUGAAUCUUCUACAAAUUUUCGCUCUGACCUUAUAGCAUAUUUAGCCUCUUACAACUCUCCGAGCUUGAGAGAGUGGAUGGAUAUCAUUAAGCAGCACGAUCUCUCAGAAACAAGGGUGUACCUUAUUGGAUCAACACCAGGAAGAUUCCAAGGAAAGGACAAAGAUAAAUGGGGUCAUUUCCGUUUAAGAAAGCUAUUAAGAGAAAACACAUCUGCAGGGCCAGACCAAGAAAUGUGGCCAGUGAUUGGGCAGUUUUCAAGCAUAGGAUCCAUGGGUGUGGACAAAACCAAGUGGCUAUGCUCGGAAUUUACUGAAAGUCUGAAGACCCUGGGAAAAAGCAUCAAAAGUCUACAGAAAUCUGAGAUACCUCUUCGUCUGAUUUAUCCCUCUGUUGAUAAUGUAAGAACUAGCUUAGAAGGAUACCCUGCUGGUGGCUCAUUGCCUUAUAGCAUUCAGACUGCUCAAAAACAGCCGUGGCUGCAUUCCUAUUUCCAUAAGUGGAAAGCAGAGACCUCAGGACGCAGCCAAGCAAUACCCCACAUCAAAACGUACAUGAGGUUUUCUCCAGAUUUCCAGAACCUGGCGUGGUUUUUAGUUACCAGUGCUAAUCUUUCAAAAGCUGCCUGGGGUUCACUGGAGAAAAAUGGUGCCCAGCUGUUUAUACGCUCUUAUGAACUUGGGGUUCUGUUCCUGCCUUCUGCAUUUGAUACAAAUACGUUCAAUGUGAAAGUGAACAUUUAUUCCCACAAUGAACCUUCUGGUAAUGCGUUUCCUGUGCCCUACGACUUACCUCCAGAACAUUAUGGUUCUAAAGACAGGCCCUGGGUCUGGAAUAUCCCUUAUGUGAAUGCUCCUGACACACAUGGGAAUAUUUGGUGUCCUCCUUAAAAGCGCAUGGCCAGACAUCGCUUCACCUUAUGCCUCAAGAAAAGAAGAAGAUUUCACAUUUUGUUACGUUUAAUGGACAGAUUUUGCUUGCUUCAGAAUGUAUCGUACUUAUUAUACUUCUAGGGGCACAUUUACUAAGCUCGAGUGAAGGAUUAGAAUAAAAAAUACUUCGAAUGGUUUUUUUUUGGCUACUUCGACCUUCGUCUACGACUUCGAAUCGAACGAUUUGA